AUGGCUACUUCCUACCCGGUGCUCAAUGACCUAUUCAUUUUCCUUAAUAGUACAAUCACAGACAUUUCAAUAGUUUAUUCAAGAAUUCCAGGUUCAGGAAUUCUCUUGAAAUAUAUAAAAAAUUCUCAUCAAAAUGACCCAUUCCGCACUUUUUUGGAAGCUUUGUUGGUAAUUUUUGCCAUCAUAUAUUUAUUUACAAAUAAAUACCGUACCGAUAAUAAAUUAAUCGAUCUAACUCCAAGCGAAGUUGAAGAAUUAGUUGAAGAGUGGCAACCAGAACCACUUGUACCAACUAUUACAGAAAGCCAACGUUUAGAAUUAGAAAAAACUCCAAUCUUAAAUGGUCCGCAGGGCCCAAAAGUUAAAUUAGUAAAUUGCAAAAAUUCCUUGAUAAAUCUGGCAAGUUUUGACUUUCUCGGAUUAACUACAAAUCAACUGAUUAAGGAAAAAGCAAUACAAAUCCUUAGAAAAUAUGGUGUAGGUUCAUGUGGUCCUCCAGGGUUUUAUGGCACAAUCGAUGUUCAUACAGAAUUUGAAAGAACAAUUUCAGAAUUCCUAGGAACUGAAGACACUAUAUUAUAUUCUCAAGCUUUUUCCACUAUUGGUUCUGCUAUUCCUUCUUUUUGUAAAAGAGGUGACAUUAUUGUCGCUGAUCAAGGAUGUAAUUUCGCGAUUCAAAAAGGUAUACAAAUUUCCCGCUCCAUCAUUAGGUGGUACAAGCAUGAUGAUAUGCAGGACCUUGAAAAUGUUUUAUUAAAAAUUAAGAAUGAAGAUAUUGAGUCUGGAAGAAGACUUACGAGAAGAUUCAUCGUUACUGAAGGCAUAUUUGAGAAUUCUGGAAAAAUUGCUCAGUUACCCAAAUUGCUUGAGUUAAAGAAGAAGUUUAAGUAUCGACUUAUUCUUGACGAAAGUCUAUCAAUUGGAACAUUGGGUAAACGUGGUGCUGGAUUAACAGAUUAUUAUAAUAUCAGUCCAAAGGAAAUUGACAUGAUCGUUGGUUCCAUGUGCACUGCAUUCUGUUCUUCCGGUGGUUUUUGUUCUGGUUCAUUUGAGAUCACUGAUUAUCAGCGAAUUUCUGGACCAGCAUAUUGUUAUUCUGCCGCUUUACCUGCUGUACUUUCAGCAUGUGCUACGGAAUCUGUUAGAAAUUUGGAUAGAAAUCCACAUCUUCCGGCGAAAAUUUUAUCAAAUACAAGUACUUUUAAAAGUAACAUGUCGAAUGCGAAAUACGUUACAAUUGAUGGAUGUCCCGAUUCUCCAGUGUUUCAUAUAAGGUUGAACGAAAAUGUAAAAGCUAAUAGCAUAGAAGAAAAGGAAAAGUUUCUUCAAGAAAUUGUUGAUGAGGUAUGUUUUAAUUAA